AUAUGGCAACAUUCAAAGUAAAGCUAUUGAUAUGGCAACAUUUUUAUCAUCAAUCAUCUGACUUUGUUCCAAAGUGGAUUAUUUAUUAUUUAUUUUGAAAACGAAUCAAUAUUUUGGGUGUAUCGAGUCAACUUGUAAGCUACGAUGAAAUUGGACUCAAAUAACAAGCUGAUCCGAGGUGAAAGCGGGUCAGACUCGCCUGAGGACGUCGUGGAUCCGCGGCAAAAUGCAGAAGACAUCAUUGAUGAAAUACUUGCCGAGUUUACGGAGUCGCGGUCCCCUGACGCCGCACGCCACGGUAACGGGAUCCCGGAUAGCCUGUUUAGCAUGAUCCAGCCGCCGCAUACGCGAACACCUGCAAAUUCGUUCUCCGAGCCCGCUACACUGGACGACAUCGACCCUGCAUCGGAUCUCGGCACAUCGAUACGAAAUAAAUGUGCGGAACUCGAAGAGAUACUACAGAGCUUGAAGUCGCGAUUGAACCACGUAGUCUUGGACGAAAACAUCGUGUUAAGCCCCGACGCUAAUUCCAUGGAGGCGCAACUUGAGCAUGAUUUGGACACAGACUGCCAAGAAGACCUUUCAUUGCAAGAAUUCCUGGAAUUGCUGCAUUCCCAGAACGAAAUCAAUCCCACUGGCGUACAAUGAUCAUGUACUCGAACCUGACAGUGUUUUAAGGUUGAAAAUCAUUGUGUAAAUCUGGUAUAAAAAUAUUAUAUUUAAAUUGAAGGAAAUUAUGAUAACAAAAUGUCAGGCCUAAUAUUUAAACUAUUAUUUUUAAAUAUACACUAAGUGAGCUAAUUAAUAAAACAAUACUAUAUAUAAA